AUGUCGGACCAUGAAUCUGAUAAUGAGGAACUACCAGGACUUGGCAAAAGAGAUCUUGUAGAAAGCGCUGAGCCUCCAGUAAAAAAGCGUCGAAAGAAGAAGAAGCGAGGGCGAGUCCUUACAGUGGACGAUAUGCCGCGAAAAGUUCGGGAGGAAUUCCGAACCGAUCAAAAAGCUGAAAAAUUCUUGCGCCUUCUGGGUGGCCUCAAGCCCGAAAACGUACACGCAAAUCUUACCUGGAUGCGACGAUGCAAAACUGGUAAAUUCGCGGAGAUGAUGGAGUCGGAGCUUUGGGAUCACUUCCUUUCCUGCUUUCAUCGAAAUUACAUGUUUGGCAGAAAAGGUGGUUUUGGAUUUGAGAAAAAGCUGCCAUCGAAGGACCAGCUUGCCUGGCUCGAAAUGAAGCAGUGGGAACAAGACUCCGAUGACGAAGAGUUGCUCGAACUCCCCAGCGGCUGGAUGGAGCGCGACGAGGAGCCUGAGGAGUACAUGAAGGUCACCAACGGACGAGUCGAGUUUAGCGGCAAAACGUAUAUCAAAGUGUCAGUGAUGUACGGAGGCGGUUCUCAGCUCGACCCGAGAGACACGAUUUGCGAUCCAACGCCGAUGUCCGAAAUUGAAGCCCAAAUCGCGGCAGAAGAAGCUGAAGAUACUGACGAUGAUCUUAAAAAUCCAGAUCAGCCAAAACCUAUGCCAAUGACUGCCGAAGAACAAGAAGCAGCUCGUCUGGCGAAACAGGCGAAACUCGAAGAAGAAAUCCGCGAAAAAGAAGAAGAAAUCACCACUGCCAAGCUCGCCGCGGAAACGAUGUAUCGAGGAAUGGGUGUCGAGCCUGGCGAGGAAAAUUCACGAUCCCGACGUCGUCAGGAAAUCCACUGGGACUACGAUCACAAGGCGGAACCGGAUCUGAAAGUGGGAUCUGGCGGCGUAAAUAAAUUCAUUUCGGACUCGUAUGGAUAUGGGGGUUACCGUGAAUCUGAAAUGGCACGUGAUCAGUGGAAAGAUCUAUCUUACGAUCAGACGCACGGGCAGGGAGCCAGCAAAUACAGAAAAUCAGCGUACGAUAAUUGGGAUCAAGACUUCGAGCAAAAAUACAAAUGGGAGGAUUUCGCAACCAAAUGGGCGAUCAAACGAAAGGAAAUGAAAUUCUACAACAGACAACAUCACAAAUACGAGGACAUCACAGACACCCGAAAACAGUUCCUCGAAAAAGAGGAUAAGAGAUUCAACGAAAAACGAGUCCAAGCUGAUGUUUCUUACUGGGCUCAAGCAGCUGCUCAGGCCUCGAUGGCCGUCCUCGCAGGAAGCAAAGAUGGCAAAAUCGAUCUCCAGAACGCACCGUGGAUGAAACAGCCUGCCCCUGCCCCCUCCAAUGAGGAUCCAAGAAAAAAGAUGUCGUAUUAA